AUGGGACAGCAAUGCCCUGGCUAUCGAGACCCCACGAGCCUUCUCUUUCGAGACGAGAGCAGCCAGAUUGGCGACAAAGUGCGGGCAAGAAUCACGAAACGUGACACUUCUCGUGCGCGUACUCCGGGUUCGGUAGCUGGACUGCAGAGUGCAGGAUCACAAGUGCAACUAGAGCAGGGGUUACUUACUGAGGACCCUCUACUCACUUACCAUAGUCAGCACCUCGUGGGAAGCAAUGCUCUGCAAGUGAAUAACACCAUUCUGGAUGCUAACAAUGUGAGUACGGACGCGCUGGAGCGCAGUACAUCCUCGUUCUGGCCCGGGGUGGGGAGCGAGAAUGUAGCCAACGGCGAGGAAGACAGGAAGGAAGACUCUGAUGAUCAGAGGACGAUUCCCCGACCAUUUACCCUGCCACUCGAUAUGAUCGGGUUGAACUAUUUCCUAGCAAACUAUGUCGUGCGACAAUCUCCACCCUCAUCUGGUUUUCUCGACUACGUACCCAGAAUUCUUACAUUAGACGAUGACAAUGAGAUACUGCAGGGUGCCAUUCUAGCCGUGGGCUUGGCUGGAUUGGCCCAUAGCACCCGUCAGGCCGAUCUACGACGUAGGUCAAGGGCCAUGUAUACGAGAACUAUCAAACGAAUGAACCAAGCUCUAUCAGACCCGCCGACGGCACGUCGGCAUAGCACGAUCGUCACGGUUCUGAUUUUAUCCCUCUAUGAAUUCGGCGAAUCGUCGCUUAAUGGAUGGGAUCGGCAUAUCCAGGGCGCGACCUCACUGCUAGAGCUGCGGGGCAAGACCCAAUUUACCACUCCCAUUGGCCUCCAGAUAUUCAAGGACAUCUUCAGUCAUCUCUUGAUAAAUUGUCUGCGCAUGGGGAGUGCAAUCCCCGCACCCCUCCGUAUGAUUCGCGCCGAGGCUUCCAAAGCAAUUAGUGCAUCCGACCCCUACUGGGUUGCCAGUAGUGGCCUCGUGGACAUCAUGGAUCUCUAUUCCCAGAUAUCCCCAGGAGGCUAUGAUUUUAUCCAGGGUAGCGAAGUCAACAACAGUGGAGUUAGCACCGCAGAACGGCAGUUGCCUAUCGACGAGCUAGAGCGGUACCUAUCCCAGGCUCUGGAUAUUGACCACCGCCUCGAGAGCCGAUUCUCGGAAUGUUCACCUGAGUGGCAGUUCACUGUCGUGCAACUCGCUAGUCCGGACCCUGCCAGGGUCAUGGUGAUGUCUACCAUAGCUGUCACGAUGUCGGGGUCGUCAGCGUUUGGAACGAUAUGCGUACCUGUCGCGUCUUGGCCAACCACGCCAUCUGCCAUCUUCUACUACGGGGAGCCAAGUCGGACCCCAAUCCGCGAUGAUAUCCUGGCCUCCGUGCCCCAGCAGAUGAGCUACUUCCCUUUCCCUGCCCAGGAACAAGUGCAGCCAGUGAACCUGGGGCAGUAUUACAACCAAGCGACGAUAUCAGGCUCCAAACUGUCUGCUCUUUCAACGACAGCUGUCGACAGCUCACUCGGCUUCGAGCAAUCUACGUAUACCGGCGCAGGAGUCGGUGCGUAUUUUGCCAGCUGGAUGCUCUUGCUUGCCGGCUGUAUGCACACCAACUCGGAGGAUACGCGGCAAUGGAUAGUAGCACAGCUACGAUGUAUCAGUCUGCAAUCAGGCCUGGCGCAAGCGACUUCUUUGCCAGUUGCGUUGAAUCAAGUAAAGUCCGGCCGCCGCUGA